UAGCGUCCAAUACAUAAACCUCCCGUCCGUCUUUUGUCUCUCUCGGUAUAAUUUAUUCUCUCUCCUUCCCCCGUUACUUUGUUUUUUUUUUUCCUUCGUUUUUUUUUUCCUUCUGUUGAUGGAUCUUGAAGUUGAAGCUUCCUGGUUUUCGCAGUUUCUUCAACCCCGCUAUUGUUUUCUUGUAUUCUCUUUCGUAAUAUGCAAUUCUCUCCUGCUCUACCUGGUUAGACUAAAGCCUUGGUGCAACUGUGAGAUUUGUCAUAGUUAUCUCACGUCGAAUUGGUCCAAACAAUUUGAUAAUCUUUGUGAUUGGUACGCUCAUCUUCUGAAAAACUCUCCUAGUAAAACCAUCCACAUACAUGUUCUCCGAAACACGAUCACUGCUAACCCCGAUAAUGUCGAGUAUAUGCUCAGAACAAGAUUUGAGAAUUACCCAAAAGGCAAACCUUUCUCCACGAUCUUGGGUGACUUUCUGGGUCGAGGUAUAUUCAACGUGGACGGGGACCUAUGGAGUUUCCAGAGAAAGAUGGCGAAUCUAGAGCUCAACAAGUCCUCCAUAGUAUCGUAUGCAUUCAAUAUUUUCAAUUGCGAGAUUAAAAGCCGACUUGUCCCUCUUUUAUACUUGGUUGCAGGCAAAAAGGAUGGAGUUUUGGAUUUACAAGACGUGUUUCGAAGAUUCUCCUUUGAUUGCAUAUGCCAAUUCUCAUUUGGGUUGGACCCUAGCUGCCUCGAGUUGUCACUACCCAUGUCUGAAUUCGCUGUUUCCUUUGACCUUGCAUCAAAAUUGUCUGCUGAGAGAGCCAUGUCUGUGUCCCCGAUUUUAUGGAAGAUCAAACGGAAGCUCAAUAUAGGCAGUGAGAAGAAAUUAAGAGAAGCUGUUAGAGUGAUCAACAUCUUGGCACAGGAGGUCAUAAGGCAGAAGCGGACACUGGGAUUUUCCAAUCAUAAAGAUCUUUUGUCCCGGUUCAUGGGCGCUGUAAAUGAUGAACCAUAUCUGAGAGACAUCGUCAUAAGCUUCCUCUUAGCUGGCCGUGACACUGUUGCAUCAGCCUUGACUAGCUUCUUCUGGCUAUUGGCAAACCACCCGCACGUGGAGUCAGAAAUCCGGCUCGAGGCAGACCGAGUCAUCGGAGCAAACCAGGAGCUCAAAAGCUUCCAACAGCUGCGAGAGCUCCAUUAUUUACAAGCUGCAGUUUAUGAGAGUAUGAGACUCUAUCCUCCGAUACAAUACGAUUCAAAGUUUUGUCAAGAGGAUGAUGUCCUUCCUGAUGGGACGUAUGUGAGGGGAGGCACUAGGGUUACUUACCAUCCCUACGCAAUGGGUCGGAUUGAAGAAAUCUGGGGUCCAGAUUGUUUAGAAUUCAGGCCAGAAAGGUGGUUGAAGGAUGGUGUAUUCUUUCCAGCAAACCCUUUUAAGUACCCAGUUUUCCAAGCUGGAGUUAGGGUCUGUUUGGGCAAAGAAAUGGCUCUGGUGGAGCUAAAAUGUCUCGCUCUUUCAUUGGUUAGGAGAUUCCACAUCGACUUGGCGACACCGGGCCGCUCUCCCCUGUUCUCUCCCGGGCUCACCUCCUCUUUUAGAGGCGGACUACCGGUCUUGGUACGGGAAAGAUCAGAAACACCUUUAUAAUUCACAAAUAUAUCUAUCUGUAUUAAGUUUUAUUCCUGAAGAUUGAAAAUAUUGUGUGUAGCUGAGCAACAAUGAAGUAUCAGGUUUUAGUGUAUGAGAGAAAUGUGACGUGGGAUUUUAUGGUCAAGUUCAUGGGCUACAUAUAUCAAGUACCAGAAACACGUCUGCAGGUUGGAGUCGGCCGGACUUUUAUCUUGUUGUACCGUAUGAUUGUGUAGCUGGUGUUUCUUGACAGUGCAGGUAGAGAUAUAUAAGACAUUCCUUCAUGGAAUCUUUUAGACGUUCUGCCAAUUUUAGUGCACUUCAUAAGCUCCAAAAUUUGACUUAUUAGGUUGCGAGGAAUAUGAAUAUAUAUAAAUUAAU